AUGAGGCAAGUGAAACUUCUGCUGCUAAUCAUGGGACUGACCCUGGUCAGAGGCACCCAGGCCCACCAUGGCCACUGUGAGGAGCACCAACAAAAUCUUUCAGGAUCCUGGCACACUAUUGCAAUAACUUCAAACGACCCAUCAAAGAUCAAGAAGGGAGCUCCCUUUAGAAUCUCUCUACACCAAAUCGUAACAAAUGGUAACAAGCUACAUGGAGAAUUUAUGGGAAGGAAAAAUGGUAAAUGUUCCAAGAUCCUCCUGAAAAAUUACAAGACAGACAAAGAGAAUCAAUAUAUAUCACUAUACUCAGGGGCAAACAUUUUCUACUUCACACAUGUAAAGCAUGAUGAAUAUAUCAUAUCGACCUUAUAUAACUACAAUGAGAAUGGUGUAACAUUAGUGUUACAGCUCUAUGCCCGCCACCCAGUCCUGUGA